UUUGUUUGAAGUUAGUAGCAUAAUUUUUGUUUUUCUGUAUUGAGAAAGAUUGAUUUUUCAAAAGAGAAAAGAGAGAAAGAAGAAGCAAUGAAAGCAGAGCAUUUACUCUAUAAACAAUAAAACACCAACAACAAGUCACACCCACACACCCAUUAUUGUUAUAAUUUUCCUCUUUCUGAAUUCUCUCCAUUUUCACCUUCCUUUCUACUACUAUUACUACUAAAACAACUUUAAUUAAGAUUCCUCCUUUUUAUUUUCUCCAUUGGAUUGUACAGAUAUAUCAUAUAUAUACCCAGCUAGAAUACCCAUUCCAAUCCCCACUUUUUUUUUUCUUUUUUUUUUUAUUUGGUUGAUUCUGUAUAAAAGAAAAAAACUUAUAAUACAUAAAAAUCCUUGGUUAUUUUGAUUUCAUGGUUUUUUUCUGCAACUUUUAAUAGGUUCUUCCAGCAGAAAGAACUUCAACACCCAAUAAUAUUUCUGUAAAGGAUUUAUGAAUAUUUUAGUUUUGAAAAAAUAUUUUCUGGGUUUUUUUUUCUGGUUAAAAAACUUUUAUUAGGAGAUUGAGAGAAAAAAAAAAUGAGGAACAUGGGGAAGCACGGACCUUGUUUUCAUUGUGGAGUUACAAGCACUCCUCUAUGGCGUAACGGACCACCUGAAAAGCCGGUUUUGUGCAAUGCAUGUGGGUCUCGAUGGAGAACAAAAGGAUCACUCACAAACUACACCCCAUUGCAUGCCCGAGCGGAAACUGAUGAUUUUGAGGAAUACAAAGCCCCGAAAGUGAAGAACCUCGUAAUUAAGGCCAAGGGCUCAAAGAUGUACAAAAGGAAGCACGAUCAUGAUAGUUUUGUAGUCAAAAUGGAGGAUCCAGACUAUGAAAUAAGCUACCGUAGGGGCACAGAUGAGGAUACAAGCAACAGAUCUAGCUCUGGCUCUGCAAUAUCUUACUCCGAAAGUUGUGCACAGUUUGGUACUACUGAGGCAAGUGAAUGGACAGGUUCAGCACAAUCAAUUGUGUGGGAUACGCUCGUGCCGUCAAAGAAGAGGACAUGUGUGAGGCGACCAAAGGCAUCAUCUGUCGAGAAGCUCACGAAGGAUCUAUACUCAAUUUUGCAGGAGCAACAACAGUCUUCCUACUUUUCUGGAUCAUCUGAAGAGGACUUGCUCUUCGAAAGUGAAACUCCCAUAGGUUCGGUAGAGAUAGGCCAUGGAAGUAUCCUCAUUAAGCACCCCAACGCAGCAGUUCGAGAUGAGGAAUCAGAAGCAAGCUCCUUUUCAAUAGACAAGUCAAACACUGUCAAUGAGGUUUAUUCAGGUUCCACAUCCCUUCCUGUACAAACUAGUUACAAGGGGUUUAACUGUCCAAGUGUGGGCAGUGAUAAUAAAAUCAGGAGGCCAUUCGUAGCAGGGAUACAGUCAGAUUGCACAAAAAGUGAUAAGUCUCACAAAGAAGAUUCUCCCAUACUGCAACAUCACAGAUCGCCACUGAGAUCCGUAGAUCUAAAAGAUGUUGUGAGCUUCGAGGAGUUCGUGAGGCAUUUCACACUUGAAGAACAACAACUAUUGAUGAAGCAUCUGCCAUCUUGGGAUACAGCUAGACUUCCUGAUAGCCUUAGAAGUAUGUUUAGUAGUGUGCAGUUCGCGGAAGACCUAUCUUCUUUUCAGAAACUGCUCGCGGAAGGUGUGUUUGAUCUAACUUUCUCAGGAAUGAGUACUGAAGAAUGUAAAAUGCUGAAAAAGCUAGCUCUGGUCAAUCCAACAAAAUCUAAAUGGGUUGAGCACUAUAAUAUGCUAAAGGAUGUAAAAGGCAAACAAAUUACAGGAGGAAAGGGAGUUUCACACGGUUCGAGUGUCCUCGGGGCUCAAAAUUUUCUAUCCUCGAAGAGACCUCGUGAUUCCAAAAAUCAGAACUUUCCAGAAAUGAAAGCAAUGAUGAAAAGCCCCAAUAGGUCGGUCAUGAAAUCCAGUCAUGAAAUGAAGGAUCCGGUUGAAUACGAUGGUUCCUGCUUCAGUCCAAGAAGUCUAUUUGGUUUCACCCCCGAAAGGAGUUCACUUAUGUUGGAUUGUUUCCACUUCGCGGAUGAUAGUUCUGAGCAAGAUCUUCUGUUCGAUGUCCCAACAAAUGGAUCCUUCCCACAAGCAGAGCUUCUUCAUCCAUCAACAAGCUUCAUUUCACAACAAGCCAGCACUAGUAGUAGUGUAAUUUGCUCCCAUCUCACUAACCUCUGACAGUAAUUUUUUGUUAAAUCAACGAGACUUUAGUGAGAUAUAUAAUUACUUAUGCUAGGACAUGCGAAUCAAGAUCUUUAAGUCCACUUGUUUUGCAUGCCAAACUCAAGAAGUUUUUUGUAAAUGCAGCUGUUUUAUACGUUUUUUUUUCCUUCUCGUUUCUGGAGAGGCAUAUAUUUGAGUAUGGUGACCUGUUUUCAACUUGGCAUGUUGAAAGACUGAGAAGAUUUAGAUGGUUUUGUUGUAUAGGCUGACAGAAAGAUUGUAAGAUACAACUGAAAAUCCAUUUCUUGGGCACGGCGUGGAAUGGAUAUUCCAAACGUGUACGUAAUUUAGCUUUGGCCUUGAAUAAGCG